GCCUCAUGCCUUUUCGGCUCUUCGUCUUCUUCUCUCCAAUCGGAGCUUUCAUAUGGCCCCCUCCAAAUUCUCCGUCGCCAUCCUCCUCCUCCUUUUACGCUUAUUGAUUCUUGACGGAGCCGAAUCGCAGUUUCUUUGCAAAAGUUCCUCCUGCAGUGGCGUUUCCUUGCCGGCCGUUCGAUUUCCGUUUCGACUGAAGAAUUCGCAGGAUUCUCGAUGUGGAUUCCAGCCGGAUUUCGACCUGUUCUGCAACAAUCGAAGCCAGACGAUUCUCACUCUCCCGAACGCUGGAGACCUCGUGGUGGAGUUUAUUGAUUACAGAUUUCAGAGGCUGUGGAUAAACGAUCCGGAUCAAUGUUUUCCAAGACGACUAGUUGUAAACUCUUUUGAUCUGGAGAACUCGCCGUUUGUUUCUAACUAUCGAUUAGAACAGUAUACUGUCCUUAAUUGCUCCUAUUACGUCGAUACGUUGCCGUUCGAUCGUGUUCGGAAGAUCAAAUGUAUGAGCGGCAGAAACCACUCUGUAAUCAAUGUGCCGAACAGAGACCUUAAGGCGGUUUCCGCUUUCCUGCCAUCACCGUGUAACGUUAUCGCGACGAAGAGGCUUCCGUUGACAGGGAUGGAGCUUGAAGAAGGAAUGGUGGUGAAUUGGAGCGAGCCAGAUUGCGGAUAUUGCGAGAUGCGCGGUGGAGAUUGUGGAUUCAAAAGCAAUUCGAGUGCCGAAAUCGAGUGUUUCAAUCUUCCAAACGGCGGUAUUCCACGGGGUGCCAAAUACGGGUUGAUCAUCGGCGUGGCAAUCCCAGGCGUCCUCUUCCUUAUUGGGCUGAUCUGUUUCAUCUGCGGCAAGUUCAAGGCCUUUGCUCGCCUCAAUAGUCCAUCAUCAUAUCUCUCUCCUUCAAUGGGCCGCCAGCCCACUUCCGCCGUAGCAGGCCUCGAUGGGCCGACAAUUGAAUCAUUCCCCAAAACCAUAUUGGGCCAGAGCCGACGACUCCCAAAGCCCAGCGACACCACUUGUGCUAUUUGCCUGUCGGAGUAUCAGCCGAAAGAAGCGAUCAGAACCAUUCCAGAUUGUGGUCACUUUUUCCAUGCCAAUUGCGUCGAUGAGUGGCUUAAAUUAAAUGCCACGUGUCCAGUGUGCCGGAGCUCGCCGGAGGAUUCCUCCGCAACCUCCACACCUACUCAGACUGUGUCGGUGUCAAUGCCGACGUCCCCGGGGUCGGUAGGGUCAUUGCAACGUCAUGACUAGUGAAGGUUGUUAAGUUGUUUGCGUUUUGUGUAUAUAUAUAUAGAUGGAUGCUUCUGCUUUCAAUCUUAGCAUAAU